CUUUAAACAUAUUUAGUUGGUCUAUCGAAGAGGCUGCCCGUGUGUGUCACUAGUUCUUUAUAUUCAAUAUUAGUCAUCGUGAAUUUUUAUAGUACACAACUAAUUUGGAAGGUACAUGCUUGUGUGAAUUAAAUAUGAGGAAUAUAUUAAUGGUUUGUGCCAUUUGUAUGGUGUUGGCUGUUGGAAACGCUCUACCCAACAACAGGGGAGUCGGUGCCUUCGCGUAUCAAGAUUCAUCAGGCAAUAGGUACGGCGGUACAUACGGCCUGAAAGACGGGGCUGUCGUCGACAAACAAGGCGACUUUCCUCCAAAUUUCCAACCCGAGUCCUUCCAAGACUUGGAUUAUUUCUUCCCUGAAUAUUUUAGAAACUUCGAAAACCUGUUACGAGAACCAUUUUUCAGAUUCACCCCCAUCAGGACGAAGUCAUUCUUUCCAUACACACCACUACGUUUCGAACCAUUCAGACCAUUUCCAUCAUAUCCACAGAGGGCGUUCAGCUCGAACAUCGAGGCCCAAAGGCUGGCGUUCGAAGCCGCGCAAAAAGCGUUCGAUUUGACAUCGAACCAGGCUGGUUAUAUUCCCGGUUUUGACAGGUUCCCGAUAUUUAAUUUCCCAUCGCCCGGAUUCACCGACGAACAGUUCCCCGCGAUGCAGAACUAUCCGAAUCAGUUUGGCGCGUUCGCUGGAGCCGCGGCUGGCCCGGGUUUCAGUCACCAAGUUGCUUCCAUUAAUCCCCCUAAUCCGAACAUGCCCAAUGUGAACAAGUAUACGAGCUAUUCUGGUGCUCAGCCAAACGACGGUAAUCAAUUCGUCAGUGUCUCGUCUUCUUCGUACUCCUCGUCUGUGAACGACAACGGAGAGGUCAAGAAUCACAGAGCUGCAGAAACAGUUGUCAAUAACAACGGAAAAGUCACCAAGUAUAAAGUCGAAAACUAAACUCACAAGAUCUCAAUUAAAAUAAAAUUUCUCUAUGCAAAUUUUCAGCGAUUCACGUUAAUUUUCAAAUGUUCGCAUAAUAAAAUAUCUACUACAUACCAGCUUGAUUACAUUUUGGUUUUUAAAUUUUCAAAAAUAAUUGCUAAACAUUUUCUAAUAUCCAAUUUUAUUCAAUAUAAUAUUUAAUUAUAAAAUUACACGUUCGAAUUUUUUUUUAACUGAUCGUUUGGAUUUGAGAACCCAAAGCUGAAAAUUGAUUUAUAGGAAUGAGAUAAGAACUAAUAAUGUUAAACUAUGAAAAAACUAUAACGAUUUAAACGACCUUAACGCUGUUGUUGUUGUCAAAAUCUCGGCCGAAUUAAAGUAUUUUUGUUAUGUAUUUCAAAUUGGUAAAAUAUAAUGUAAUUAAAUAUUUUGA